GAAAUUUGGGGAAGUAAAAACAUUGGCAUUUCCUGCCAAGAAGAGGAAACGGCAAGAUGCUGCAAACCUGGACUUGUCAAGUGCCGCUGAAAUUGUGAAUGAUGUUUCUGCAUGCCCAUUUUACAGCAACCCUGUCAGUUGCCAUCCCAAGCAUAAUUUUGACGGUGCCAGUGACAAUGAGCUGGACGUCAAGUUGAACACUGAAGACAAUACGCAUGGACAUCUGCAGCUUCCUGAUUUCAAUGAGCAGCAAGGAAAUUACCAAUGGAUAGAAUAUCCAAAAAAUUCAAACCUAAGUUCAGAAGAAGUUUUCCCCAUCUCCAUUAGAGAUUUCAGAAGCUCUGUGAAUGGCCAUUGUUUUCUCAAGUCCAAUGAAGGUGAAAUUUCCAUUCUUGUAUCAAUGUUGCCAUCACGCAAUUUAGUUGUGCGUGGUUGUGCCAUUGUAGAUUGUUUACUUGGUAGUAUCACUGUUCUUGGCUAUUCUGUUAAGGCUGGUGAUUCCAUUCCAAUAUUUGCUCCUGAAUGCGGUCCUCCAAUCAUUGUUCAUGGUCAUGAAUCAAAGUCAUCAAUUUCUGACAGAAACAAAGAAUUAGAAGAAUUUAUAGCUUUCCAAGAGGAUAUAGAUGACUCAAUACAAGGAAGGAAAAUUGAUUCAGCGGGAAGUUUUGUGUCUGAAGAUUUCAAAGAAAAAUUGAUGCAGCUUUUCAUUUCAAAUCAUGGAACUUUGGCCAGUGAGAAAAAAUGGGAUUUCCUCAAGUUAACAAUGGGUGAGCCUAUGGUGGUCCUGAGGUUGAGGGAAUUCCCUUUGCUGCUGCUCACACGCGCUAUGAUGAAGCUGUACCCCGACGAGGUGUCUGCUGACGCAUUAACACCUUUGGUCUACUGCACUCGUGCUAAACAUGACAAGACCUGUGUAGCACUGAGUCUCAAUGACCCUUACAAAUAUGUACCAACUGUCAUGAAUAUGCCCUUAUAUGUGCCUCCAUCUUGGAUAAAGACUGCACAUCACCUGGCAAGCUGCCUCUCAAGGAAAAACACUUCUAAAUCUCCUCUGCGAGUUCUGGUGAUUGGAGCUCCCAGGACUGGCAAGAAAACCUUCACGCGCUACCUCAUCAAUUGUAUGCUGGAGCGCAUGAGUGACGGCGGCAAAUACGGUAGCAGGCCUCAAGCCCCAAGCUGCAAAUACAGACCGUUCUUUGAGCAGCAUUGUGAUACUGCAGGUCUCAACGACGAGCUUAAAUCUGAAUGCAUUGAUGAGUUGUCUCAGCCUCCAGGUAUUCAGUCAUCUCAUUCAUCAGACACCAAAGAGCCAUUGCAGUGUUCAGGGUUCACAUCGUCGCCUCAGACUUCAGCUCUUUCUGAGUCACCCAAGUCUGCAUUUGCUGAAAAUUCAGGCAAGUCUUCAGAAAUUGAUCCGUCCGGAUUAUCAGGCGUCUGUGUUUUGGACGCUAACAUAUCUCACCCCAUGCAAAGCCUUCCUGGCGCUGUAUCGCUGGCGCGUUACACAGAACCUGUAUUUGGGCAGGCGUUCGAGUACGGUAUUUCCCACAUACUCAGGAACUGUGACCACGCUAAUAUUCUUCGUGGAUUGAAGUACAAGUAUGCCAACCUUCUAGAUUUUGUUAAUUCUAAGCUAUGUUUACCCCAGGAUAUCAAAUCAAUUUUAAUUGGGAAGCCAUGUCUACUGCGCAUGCGAUAUGAAUACAUAGAUGCAAUUAAGGUUCUUUGUCAAACUGCUGCGAUGGAAUGCUCGGAGGAGCCUCUCAUCAUAAAUUUCGCCAGUACAAGUGACGAUUACGAGCUCAGAUUGCUCACUGAGAUCGUGAACAUCAUCAAGCCCACGCAUGUGGUGCACAUCUCUGGCCAUUUGCGGCGUGCACCGCGAGCGAUGCCUCUUAAUUGUCACAGGAUUGAUAGGAUAGCAAGAAUGUACAACAUCUACAAGGACAGACAACGCAGCCCGGAAGGCACUGGUGUAUGUUGCAACGGGUACAACUACUGGCCUGACGAUGGAACCCACGAUCUGCAUGAAGUGUGCUACGAUUAUGCAAGAAUUCCGUCUGUCUUUGGUUCGUUUCACAAGUAUCGCCCUGCUACCAAGUUGGAGGAAACUGUGGUGCUCGCGUCUUAUUUUAACCCACUUUGGCCUUAUUAUGCUACCACACUUGACUCUCGGACCUUGCUGAACGAUUUCAUCUUAGGUUUCGAUGAAAUAGCAAUAGAAAUCCUGUUCCAUAAUAUUGCCCCGUCUCACGUCUUGGAUACGCUAGUUAGACGGGGUAUAGUAGCUCUCUGCUCAGUGGAUCAGAACCUCAUACGGAGUUCUGGUCCAGGACUACCAAAAGUUAUUGUUCACAAAAUGGGGUUCGGCUCAAGUGAUUCCAGCAAAAAAGCUUCAUCCGCGUCAACUAUAAGCCCUGAUGGGAUGCUUGCUGAUGAAUCAUCAGCAGGAGAUGUGCGGCUUACCACGUUUUCUGAUUUGAAGUCCACAAUUUACACAUUGCAUGGAUGGGCCGUUGUUCGAGGCGUGGACACAUCCAGAAAUCGCCUUCACAUCCUCGUGCCAAGAUGCUUCUGUCCUCUCCUGGACGACACCGUCAACGCGCUGGUCUUGCCAGCCAUCUUCCUGCCUCCCAACUUCGACCGAUUAUUCUACGAUGGCUAUCCGCUUGGCAACUUCAGAUCUCUGGUACCAAGAGGCCCGUGGAACAAGCUGCUCUCGGAACGGAAAAAGAAAAGAUGAUUCAUC